ACUGGCGGAGGCGGCGCUACAAACAUUGAUCGGUUCUUCAAAGUCCAGGCUCUGCCGCUAGGCGUUGGCAGAGUUCUUCACGUCUCGCCCAUCGAUCCGGCGCCGAUUUAUGCCGCGCUCGAUCGAUCCAGGUUACUGAAAGUGAAGUGCUGCAUUUCUCAGGGAUCCUCCUCGAUAGCGCUCCUCCAUCGUUCCUUCUCCUCGAAAUAUCGCUCCACAUCGAUCUCUCCUCCUCCCGCAUCGAUCUUUCUUCGCGAAAUAUUUCUCUUUUCUCGAAAUAUUUCUCUCUACUUGUCGAUCGAUUCCACUCUCCAGCAAUUCUCACCAUGACGGAGCUCGAGAAAUCCAUGGCGGACGGGGAACACCGCACAUCGGACACCCUGCUCGUGAGAAUCGCCGAGCGGCCCCUUCCUGUCGCGCUAUCUUCUUCCUCACUGCUGUCAGAGCAUCGGAUGACGUGGCAGCUUUGAGGGGUUCCCGUGGAUCAAAAUGUCCGAUCACAAUGGACAGCUUUGACCCCUUCCAAUGUCAAACAGCCCACUACCAUGUGAACUCGUUCGCCCUUUAAUAAAAAGGUAUCGCUUUCUAACGCGGUGAUAGUCGAGAUUUGGAAUCUCUCAUCCAACAUGGAUUCGUUGCCGGGCAUGUCUCCCGCGGCACUCUCGCUCGAUCGCAUCAAGCUCCAGCACCGGAGCCGAUGCCCACUUCUGCCCAAUCGCUUCAAGAUCACCGCCAAUGCCAGGAAAGAAGCCAAUGCCGCAAAGUCCUCUAAUCCCUCUUUCCCCUCCAAGAAAGGUAGCUCCACCCCGGCCUCGAUCAUCGAUCGCCGCGAGCUCCUGGCGGGAACAAUCGCCGGCGGAGCUUCGCUCGCAGCGUCCCCUAGUGGUCCCGCGCUCGCCGAGCCCGUGGGAUCGCCCACCUUCAAGCGCUGCCAGCCCGCCAACAUCGCCAACACCAACACCUUCGUGAUGUGCUGCCCGCCCAAGCCCAAGCGCGACACCAUCGCCUUCAAGCCCGACACCGGCCCCAUGCGCACCCGCCGCCCCGCCCAUCUCGUGGACGAGGACUACAUCCACAAGUACAACACGGCCUACGCCAAGAUGCGCGCGCUUCCCUCGGAUGAUCCCCGGAGCUUCCGGCAGCAGGCAAACGUCCACUGCGUCUACUGCAACUACGGCUACCACCAGGAGGGCGAUCCAAAGUCAACGCUCCAGAUCCACUUCAACUGGCUCUUCCUGCCGUGGCACCGCUGGUACCUCUACUACCACGAGAAGAUCUUGGGCAGUUUGAUCAACGAUCCAACCUUUGCGCUGCCGUUUUGGAACUGGGACAACCAGGACGGGGGGAGCUACAUCCCCGAGAUGUUUCGGCGCGAGGGCACCCCCAUCUUCGACGCCAAUCGCAACGAGGCAAACUACGCGCCCGCGCGAGUGGAUCUCGGCUACGCGUCCGAAGUCGACCCCAAGUCCAAGCCCAACAAGCCCGACGAUCAGAUCCGCCAGGACAACAUCUCCAUCAUGUACAACAACGUCGCUAAGGUCAACAACCAGGAAGCGUUCUUCGGUGCUCCCGUAAGGAAAGGAAACAAUAACGGUGGGGAUGGAUCACUGGAGAAAACCCCACACACGGCCGUGCACAUCUUUGGUGGCAGCCCCAAAAACCCCAAUGGCGAGGACCUGGGCAACUUCUACUCGGCCGGGAAGGAUCCACUCUUCUACUCCCACCAUGCUAACGUGGACAGGAUGUGGGACGUGUGGAGGUCCCUGGGAAACCAUGACUUCAGGGACGCCGACUACCUCAACACCGAGUUCCUCUUCUUCGAUGAGAACCAGGACCUCGUUCGCGUCAAGGUGAAAGAUGCCAUCGACAACAAGACGAAGCUCAAGUACGAGUACGCGUCCAUGCCCCAGGACAAGGUCUGGAUCGACUACAGGCCACUGCCGCUCGCAAAGACGGCCUUCGCGCAGCCCGUUGCUUCGUUGGUUCCUGGAGCUACUGCUAUGGCGGCCGAGUAUCCACUCGUGAGAUCCUCGUCCCAGAACGCCGAGCCUGUCAAGGUUGGAGCGGGCCCGCUGACGGUCACGGUGGCGCAGCCCAAAGGCAGCGCUUCGGACGAGCUCCUGGUCCUGGAAGAGAUGGUGAUUGGGAUGCAGAAUAACACUAACUUCAACGUGUUCAUCAAUCUCCCUGAGGCCAACGAGAGCACCACGCUCUCCUGCGCUGAGUACGUCGGCUCUUUCUACAACAUCCCCCACUUCAUGCCCGGGAUGACCGAGUCAAGCACUCGGACCACCAACGCCAGCUUCUCCAUCAAGCCCAACGUCGAGAUCUUGGGCUUGAAGGACGCGGACAAGCUCGUUGUCACUCUGGUGCCGCGCGGGAAGGACAAGGAGAAAGUCUUCACGUUCAAGGGUGCCAGAAUACAGUACGCUUGACUUUUGAUGGAGCUGUAACUUUCGUUCUGUUUAAUUUGGUUUCUUGUGAUUGGAAAAAGAACAGCAGAAAACCAGCUGGCAUGGUAAAAGGAAAUCGAAAUGGUGUUACUUGAUGUUGCAAUUUC